UAUGAAUGCAAGCAGUGUGGAAAGUCAUUCAGUCAGAGCUCCUCUCUUGCUGUACAUCUGAGAAUCCACACUGGGGAGAAACCAUAUGAAUGCAAGCAAUGUGGAAAGAAAUUCAGAUGGAGCUCCCAACUUGCUGUACAUCAGAGAGUCCACAGUGGGGAGAAACCUUAUGAAUGCAAGCAAUGUGGGAAAAGAUAUACAUGUAAUUCCAAUCUUGCUGCACAUCAGAUAGUCCACCCUGGGGAGAAACCUUAUGAGUGCAAGCAAUGUGGGAAGGCAUUCAUUUGGAGCUCCAAACUUGCUGUACAUCAGAGAGUCCACACUGGGGAGAAGCCUUAUGAAUGCAAUCAAUGUGGAAAGUCAUUCAGUCAGAAAUCUGAUCUUGCUAGACAUCAGAGAGUUCACACUGGGGAGAAACCUUAUGAAUGCAAUCAAUGUGGAAAGACAUUCAGUCAGAAAUCUGAUCUUGCUAAACAUCAGAGAGUCCACACUGGGGAGAAACCUUAUGUAUGUAAGCAAUGUGGAAAAACAUUCAGUCGGAACUCCCUACUUGCUGUACAUAAAAGAGUCCACACUGGGGAGAAACCUUAUGAAUGUAAGCAAUGUGGAAACACAUUCAGUUGGAGCUCCCAACUUGCUAUACAUCAGAGAGUCCACACUGGGGAGAAACCUUAUGAAUGCAAGCAAUGUGGAAAGGCAUUCAUUUGGAGCUCCCAACUUGCUAUACAUCAGAGAGUCCACACUGGGGAGAAACCUUAUGAAUGCAAACAAUGUGGAAAGACAUUCAGUCAGAAAUAUGAUCUUGCUAAACAUCAGAGAGUGCACACUGGGGAGAAACCUUAUGAAUGCAAGCAAUGUGGAAAGACAUUCAGUCAGAGUUCCUCUCUUGCUGUACAUCUGAGAAUCCACACUGGUGAGAAGCCUUAUGAAUGCAACCUAUGUGGAAAGACAUUCAGUCGGAGUUCCCAACUUGCUGUACAUCAAAGAGUGCACACUGGGGAGAAACCUUAUGAAUGCAAGCAAUGUGGGAAAACAUUCAGUCGGAGCUCCUCUCUUGAUGUACAUCUGAGAAUCCACACUGGGGAGAAAUCAUUUGAAUGA